AUGGAGAGGACUGAACAAGAUUCAGGUGUGACUAAACGUAAUUGUUUGGGGUAUAAUAGACGGAUGUAUUUGAUCGAGAAUUUGACAGAACGACUUGAGGAUCUGAUGAAGAGGAGAAGGAAAGCUGUUAGAUUUGGAGUGGAGCUUUCGUUUCUUGUGGCGGAAUUUAUGUUUUUGAUACCUAUUGAGAUUCUUGCUGGUGAAACUGGAGAGUACAGUCUGUGUACAAAGCUAUUAGGGGUCAAUGAAGACGAUACGGGUACAAGUGUAGUCAUAGGAAAGCUCGAGGAAGUCUUUGGAGUAGUGAUCUGGAAGAAGGAGAACAAGGAACAUAAUGUGGACCUUCCUGAAUCUAUUUUUCGGUAUGAUGAUUUCAUUCGUCUUUGUGCAGAUGCAACUAGAGCCUUGGGAAAGAUUGUUUUGGCUCUGGAAAAGAGACAGUGUGAAAGACUCAAGCUUUCUGAUUUAGAUUCUCUGUUUGAAGAUUGCCAAAAAGUGUUGAUGAAGAUAGAGCUGAAGCUAGCAGAGAUGAAGCAACAGGUUUACAGAUCGGUUUCCACGGAUUAUGAGUCGUUUUCGAAGUCAGAAAGGUUUGAUAGUUUGCUAAGAAUAAAGCUCAUGAAUAGGGUCAUUGCUGAUAACAGAUUUGGGAGAUCAGUGAUUGGAUCUUACUUACUAGAGAUAUGGCAGUCUCUGUUUCAAGCAGAGGCAUUACAGGAGCUGUGAAUGAUUAGAAG